GGAUCGGCAAGCGGGUGUAUCGACAAGCGGGCAAGCGUGCGUCGGCGGAGAGCACGGUAAGUUAGGCUAGCGUGUCGUCGUGCAGCACGACACGCAUGACAACCGCGAGCGCGCUGGGCGAAUGCCCAGCACGCAAGCACAGCCGACAAACGUUCAGCGCGUACACCGGGCGGGCAAGCGGGCACACGAGCAGGCGGACGAGCGGGCAGGCGGACGGGUGGAUGAGCGAGCAGACGGCGGGCGGACGGGCGAGCGGACGAACAGACAGGAAUGUGAAGGGUCGAGCAGGGCGCGGGCGGCGCGGUUGCGUGCGGCACGACACACACGACGACCGCGAGCGCGCUGGGCCAAUGCCCAGCACGCAGGCACGGCCGACGAAUGCGAGACGGGCAAAUCGGCGAGUGAGCGAGUGGACGGGCGAGUUGGUGAGUGGACGGGCAGGGGAGCGGGUGCGCGGGCAGGUGGACGAGCAGGCAGGCGUGCAGAGGGUGCAUUGUCACGCAGGACGUCACGCCGACGGCGAGGCUCCGCACCGCAUACAACACGCCCGCCACGAACGCGUAGGGCCAAUGCCCAGUACACAUACAGUCGACGAACGCGCAGGCGGGCGAGCGGGCACAAGUGAGCGAGUGAGCGGGUGUGGAGAUGGGCAGAGCCUGCCAACCCUACACCCACGGUUCGCCCUCGACAACGCCGACCCACACCGUCCACGGCCUGCUAGCGGCCCGUGCGACACCGUCUGCCUGUGGACGAGUGUUCCACUAAGUACUCCAGACAGUGGCAGGAUCCGGCUCGGUCUCCGCCCGCGCCCGUCACUGUUCGGGGUGUCGUCCAUGUCCGCAGCAAUACAGCUAGCAGGUGAACUCACCUUGUGUACUGCCAUCUGCCGCCACUCCGGCUUCUGCAUGCCCGCCAAGCAGUACUGCAUGUGCCUCGCGAGUCCACAGACUGAGUGGGGAGUAGCGGGACGAAAGAGGGCAAGGGUUAGUUAGUUCCCUCUUAUAUACUGUGAACAAGUUGGACGAGAGAUCGUAUGAAAG